AUGUCUCGACAAAUCGCAUCUCGAGCUUCCCGUAUGGCUUCGCAAGCCAUCCGCUCGUCGACGCCAGUCUGCCGCUCCAGCUUCCGUGUUGCAACCAUGGCCUAUGCUUCACGUCUCGCCGUCUGCUCUAAUCUUUCUCAGCGCAGUUUCUCGACUACCGUGUCCCGCAAGAAGGGUAUCAUGCCUGACACCGAGGACCCAGCCAAGCCUUUGACAGAAACUGAGCAAGCUGAGCCAACUGCUGCUGUCGCCGAGAUCACCGAGCAAGAGUAUCAUGAAAUUGCCGAUGAGUACCUCGACAAUAUUGUCAACAGAUUUGAAGAGCUUCAGGAUCAGCGUGAGGAUAUUGACGUCGAAUUCUCGGCUGGAGUCCUCACCAUCGACUGGCCCGAGAAUGGCACAUACGUCAUCAACAAACAGCCUCCCAACAAGCAGAUUUGGUUGUCAUCCCCCAUCUCAGGUCCCAAACGCUACGACUGGUGCCUUCUCGGUGAGGGUCAGGACCAGAAGGAGGGCACGGCUAUGGGCGACUGGAUCUACACCAGAGACGGCUCUAGCUUGAGUCAGGUCAUCCUUGAGGAACUUGGUGUCGAUAUCGCUGUUCCGGGUGAGGAGUAG